CCUGAGUCUCUUCACCAGGCCGAGUUCUCGAGGCAUAAGUUCGAGACGACGACCUACCUGGCCAUUACCUUCUGCGACCAUUGCGGCUCCAUGCUACACGGGCUCACUCAGCAGGGCCUCAAGUGCACAGCAUGUGAUAUGAACGUACAUAAAAGAUGCAAAGAGAGCGUUCCGAACCUUUGUGGCUGCGACCACACCGAGAGAAGAGGAAGGAUAGAGUUGAAAAUCAGUUGCAUAAGCAACAAGUUGGACGUAGACAUUCGUCAAGGGAAAAAUUUGAUUCCAAUGGAUCCCAAUGGUCUUUCGGACCCCUAUGUCAAACUCAAACUUAUACCCGAUGCAGAUAAUGUCAAGAAGAAAACCAAAACCAUCCGCUCUUGUCUCAAUCCCGUUUGGAAUGAAACUAUAUCCUUUGAACUUAAGGCGGAAGAUAAAGACAGGAGGCUUUUGAUAGAAGUUUGGGAUUGGGAUCGGACUUCUCGAAAUGACUUCAUGGGUUCGCUGUCGUUCGGGAUUUCGGAGCUAAUUAAAGCUCCAGUUGAAGGCUGGUUCAAGCUCCUCACGCAGGAAGAAGGCGAGUUCUACAACGUACCUGUUCCAGAGGAAGGGGCCGACUUAGCUCAGUUGAAAUCGCAAAUGCGUACUUCCAUCACGAAAAAAGCUCCAGUAAUGACCGAUAAAGAUGUCCCUCACAACAUGUCCAAGAAAGACGUUAUUAGAGCUUCCGACUUCAAUUUCCUCAUGGUCCUGGGAAAAGGAAGUUUUGGAAAAGUUAUGUUAGCUGAAAGGAAAGGAACGGAUGAACUUUAUGCCAUUAAAAUUUUGAAAAAAGACAUUAUAAUCCAAGAUGAUGAUGUUGAAUGUACAAUGGUAGAAAAAAGAGUCCUUGCGCUUUCUCAGAAACCUCCUUUUUUAGUACAAUUACAUUCCUGUUUCCAAACUAUGGACCGUUUGUAUUUUGUAAUGGAAUACGUAAACGGGGGUGAUCUUAUGUUCCAAAUACAACAGUGUGGAAAGUUUAAGGAGCCAGUUGCUGUGUUCUACUCCGCCGAAAUAGCUAUAGGUUUAUUUUAUUUGCAUGUUAGAGGAAUAAUUUAUAGGGAUCUCAAAUUAGAUAAUGUACUUCUAGACCAGGAUGGGCAUAUAAAGAUUGCUGAUUUUGGUAUGUGUAAAGAAGGUAUAAGCGGAGAUAAAACAACCAAGACGUUCUGUGGUACUCCAGAUUAUAUCGCACCCGAGAUUAUUUUGUAUCAGCCUUAUGGAAAAUCUGUCGAUUGGUGGGCGUAUGGUGUACUUUUAUACGAAAUGUUAGUCGGGCAGCCUCCUUUCGACGGAGAAGAUGAAGAAGAACUUUUCGCCGCCAUUACUGACCACAGUGUUAGCUAUCCAAAAGGUCUCUCCAAGGAAUCAAAAGAAGCCUGCAAAGGGUUUUUAACCAAGAAUCCUACUAAGAGAUUGGGCUGCGGACUGAGGGGAGAAGAAGAUGUGCGUGGUCAUUCUUUCUUCAGGAGAAUAGAUUGGGAAAGGAUCGAAAACAGAGAAGUCCAGCCACCAUUUAAACCUAAAAUAAAACAUCGGAAAGAUGUAAGCAAUUUUGAUAAACAAUUCACAUCAGAGAAGACUGAUCUAACUCCAACCGACAAGCUGUUCAUGAUGAAUUUAGACCAGACGGAGUUCAUGGGUUUUUCAUAUCUCAAUCCGGAAUUCAUUCAGCAUGUUUAG